CCUCCCUGGAGGGCUUGGUCUUUUUCACAUCUGGUGGCCAGGGCUGAUCUGAGACAGGUAUGGGGAGGAGGGGACUUCGGGGCCCUGCCCUUGCUGAUACCCAGCGGGUCAAGGCCCCCAGUCUGCGUGGCUUGGUCCCUGAACAGCACCUCGUGGGUCUCUGCAGACGUGUGGGCCAACGUGAAGGUGGAGUGCGAGCCCAGCUGGCAGCCCUUCCAGGGCCACUGCUAUCGCCUGCAGGCUGAGAAGCGCAGCUGGCAGGAGUCCAAGAAGGCGUGUCUGCGGGGCGGGGGCGACCUGCUCAGUAUCCACAGCAUGGCCGAGCUGGAGUUCAUCACCAAGCAGAUCAAGCAAGAGGUGGAGGAGCUGUGGAUCGGCCUCAACGACUUGAAACUGCAGAUGAAUUUUGAGUGGUCUGAUGGGAGCCUCGUGAGCUUCACCCACUGGCACCCCUUUGAGCCCAACAACUUCCGGGACAGCCUGGAGGACUGUGUCACCAUCUGGGGGCCGGUGAGAACCCCCUCUCCCCAGCCUCCUGGUGUCACCCUGGCUGAAGGAGGGCUACUGUCAGCUAGCUCCUGCCUCCAUUCCA